AUGGAGUCAGCUCGUGGAAUAAAUAUGGAGAAAAAUAAACCAUAUCUUGUAAUGAUCUUCAUACAAUUUGUGUAUGCUGGUAUGGCUUUAUUUUCUAAGGCAGCAAUCACACAGGGAAUGAAUCCUUAUGUGUUUGUUGUUUAUCGCCAAGCUUUAGCUUCAAUGGCUUUAGCUCCUUUUGCUUUCUUCAUGGAGAGAAAUACGAAAGCUCCUCCAUUAUCGUGCAUCCUUCUCUGCAAAAUUUUCUUGGUUUCUUCAUGCGGAAUCACUAUGAGCUUAAAUCUCUACUACUUCGGACUGAAUUAUGUGACUGCAACUUUCGCUACAGCCUUCACUAAUACAAUUCCUGCUAUUACCUUCAUCUUGGCUGUCUGCUUCAGAAUGGAAAGCUUGUCUAUAAAUAAAAGGCAUGGAAUGGCUAAGGUGCUGGGUUCUGCAAUUAGCCUUUCUGGGGCACUACUGUGUUCUUUUGUUAGAGGACCUCCUAUGUAUGCAGAAAACAAAACAAAAAUCUUAAACCUGUCGGAAAAGCAUUACUCGAAAGCUGAUUGGUUAAAGGGUUCUUUGAUCAUGCUUGCAGCCAACCUAACAUGGUGUUUGUGGCUAAUUAUGCAGGGCCCACUGAUCAAGCAAUACCCGUCGAAACUACGUCUUACAGCGCUGCAAUGCUUUUUCAGCUGUGCAUCAUCAGCAAUAUGGUCGAUGGUGAAGGAAAGAAAUCCAGAAUCUUGGAAACUCGGAUGGAAUGUUAAUCUCCUUUCUGUAAUCUAUUGUGGAGUAGUUGUCACUGGAUUUACUUACUGGUUGCAAGUUUGGGUUGUUGAGAAGAAAGGGCCUGUAUUCACAGCUGUGUUCAGUCCGCUGGCGCUUAUCCUUACCGCGAUUUUCUCAGCAAUAUUAUUUAAGGAGACUCUCCACUGGGGAAGUGCCUGUGGAGCUAUAAUGCUGGUGAUUGGUCUUUAUGCAAUUUUAUGGGGGAAGAACAAGGAACGAAAAGCUGAAACAAGUGAAAGUAAAGUCGAAGAUGGCGAACAAAUCGAAAGAAGUGAAGAAAAACCACAGAAUAAUGAAGAAACAACGUUAGAGGGUAUAACCUGCCAGAGAUGA